CCACCUUGCCUUGGCACCACUUCGUCCUCCUAGUGAUAAUCAUCGCUUUCGCCUCCUCUUAAUUCCAACAGCUAGUACUCGUGUUCUGGAAAACAAAAGUGGGGGAAGCAACAAGAAACAGACUUGGAGCGGCACACCAGUAAUACGGACCGGGGUGACCUGGGGCGUGGAGAUUUUUGGCCGCUACCUGCAUCGCCGUCCCAAUCAAGAUCAUUAUUUCUUUUCUCCUCCCUUGUCCCUGCCCAAAUCGCAGGGCUGCGUUCUUGCCAAUCGCCUCUGGCUUUGCCCCAAGAUUCGCCGCCCAGCGCCCUCGCGUGGGCGCUGAGGAGGAUUCGAGGCGGUCGCCGCUUGUCUCGUGAAUCCUCGCCGGCCGCUGCUCUCUUUAUUUCUUGCGGCGAUUCGGCCUGAUUUAGAGGAGAGAAUUGUUCGUCCUCAGCCCCGUUCUGCUCGGUUGGGAUUGGGACCGUUGAUUCCGGACAGUUCCGAAGAAAAAAUUAGGUCUUUCUUGCCGUUAGCUUGAGAUCAUCCGCAUCCGCUCGCCGCAAUUGGGCCUCUCAACCUGUCUCGUAAUCGUCCUGGAAGCCUCGUAGAAGAUUGAGAAAUUUAUCUGAUACGAGGUCUUCCCGUGUGCGCUCAAGAAAGGGUGCUGUGCCGUGAAGGCCUCGUCUUGGGCAUCCAUGGGGUUCCUCAGCCUUGUGGGCAACUCCUUUGGGUGCUCUGCUUCCGGUGAGCGGCUUGUCUCAGCUGCCCGCGACGGCGACCUGCAGGAGGCGCGUGCGCUCCUUGAGUACAACCCUCGUCUUGCCCGGUACUCCACAUUCGGCGGCCGCAACUCACCGCUGCACUAUGCUGCUGCACAAGGCCACCAUGAGAUUGUCUCUCUAUUGCUUGAAUCCGGAGUUGAGAUCAACCUUAGGAAUUACAGGGGCCAGACUGCUUUGAUGCAAGCAUGUCAAUAUGGCCACUGGGAGGUUGUUCAAACACUGAUACUCUUCAAUGCAAAUGUUCACAGGACAGAUUAUCUCAAUGGUGGAACUGCUCUCCAUUUUGCUGCACUGCAUGGUCAUGCCCGAUGCCUUCGUCUUGUGCUUGCAGAUUAUGUUCCAAGCAUACCGAAUUUCUGCACCCUCACAAAUCAUAGAUCAUCUGAAGAAGAUUCAGCUGCUGAUUUUGAUCAUGAGGCUUUGGUCAAGAUGGUAAAUCAGAAGGCGGAUGGAGGCUUAACCCCACUUCAUAUGGCUGCAUUAAAUGGGCAUGUAGAGUGCGUGCAAUUGUUACUGGACUUAGGAGCAUCUGUUUCCGAGGUCACUAUUGAGGAUGGAACGACUAUUGACUUAAUAGGAGCUGGUAGCACCCCACUUCACUAUGCUGCUUGUGGUGGAAAUGCUGUCUGUUGUCAACUCCUUAUUGCUCGAGGAGCUUGCAUUACUGCACAAAAUGCUAGUGGAUGGACCCCGUUAAUGGUUGCUCGUUCCUGGCAAAGAAAUUCAAUUGAAGAAAUUUUAAGUAAAGAACCAGAGAGCCGGAUACGCACCCUUCCAUCUCCUUAUCUCUGUCUUCCACUUAUGAGUAUCAUGAACAUUGCCAGGGAGUGUGGAUGGAGGUACCUAAACCAGUCACCUGUUUGUAUUGACCCCUGUGCUGUCUGUUUAGAAGGGAGCUGUUCUGUUGCUGCAGAAGGUUGUAAACAUGAAUUUUGCACAAGGUGUGCUUUAUACCUUUGUUCAACCAGCUACACAUCAGUGACCCCAGCAGGCGCAAUACCAUGUCCUCUCUGCCGACACCCAAUCAUCUCUUUCAUCACACUUCCUGGUACGAGCCCAAUAAGAGAGCUGCCGAGAAACAGCCUUUCAUUGUCAUUUUGCACGACAUGCCCAGCCGUGAACUCCGAUUCUUCUGCUUGGAUUGCUGCCCAUCUGUACCGGACAGAAUUCCAGUGCGGGCGCAUGCCACCGAUGGGCUCGUCCUCCUUCCGCUCCCUGAGCUGCCAGAGGAUACCUGCGAUGAAACUCAACCCGGCAUUUUGUAUGGGUGCCAUGGACACAAAUCCCUGCCUUAUAAGAUGCUCGAGGUUCGGAUCUAGCUUGCGACGCUCAGCUUCCCAGGGAGAGACUACGAGAAGAUCUUGGCCUAUAACCUUUAACCCAAUUGUUGCUACUGGCAGCUGAUAGAGUGGAUAGGCACUGCAUGUCCCCAGUUUUGUGCCCAUCUUGAGGUCUGUUUUUGUGUAUUCUUUGGUUGGUUUGGUCUGAUUUUUGCGUGCCGUUGUCAUAUGAACUCGCCGGUCCCAACUCCUUGUUGAUAUAUCAGGAGCAACAUGUGAUGUAAGUACUACCUUUUCGGUUUGUAAAUAACCUUGUGGCGUUGAAUAUUUCCUGGAAGCAAUGAAAUGCGGAGGCACCGAUUUUUCUUUGCAUCA